AUGGACGCGGCGGCCACGGGCGCACGGUCGAUGGGCGCGCGCGCGGUGUGCGCGCGCGUCGGGGCGAGAGACGCGCGCGCGAUCGUCGGGAACGGUCGACGCGCGGUGACGACGCGACGGACGCGCGGUGGGGACGACCGACGCGCGGGCGCGGUGACGCGGGCGCGGAGCGCCGAACGGAAGGGGCUGGAGGCGAUCGCGGACGCGGCGACGUUCGAUGCGGUGACGGGGACGGAACGAAUGGUGGUGGUGGAUUUCAUGGCGUCUUGGUGCCGGAAAUGCGUCUUCUUGAGGGGGAAGUUGGAGAAGGCGGCGGCGACGCGGACGGACGUGAAGAUGUUCACCGUGGACGUGAACGCGGUGUCGCAGGAGCUGGUGCGGGGGUGCGGGGUGACGCAGAUGCCGACGCUGCAGAUUUGGCGCGACGGCGAGAAAAUUUGGGAGAUCGUGGCGGGCGAAGACGGAGACUCUGUCAUUCAAAAGUUGUUUGAUGAGAUCCAGCGUGUUCAGGACGCGCAGGCGAAGACGUGA